UAAAAACUCGUGAGAUCCUGAAUGCCCUAAAAAUUGUCUAAACGUUAACGUUCGACCGCGUUAGCCUGGAUUGGGCUCCGACUUCCACUAACCUGGCCUUUUCCUGUGGUUUCUCAGAUCGCGCUCUCACUCUUUCAGUUACGUUCUCCACACAACGAAGAUGCCACUCAAAUGGGUUUUGCACUGGCAGCCCAAUGCUGGAAGCACCGUGAAUAGCCAAAUCCUCAGCGAAGUCUCGCAGUGCGUGGAGAGCAUAAACGGCGUCAAAGAAGGCCGAUGGAGAGCCACUCUCACCUUCUACAAGCCCCAUACCCGAGAGCAGGCGCAAGCUUCCGAGUUUCCGCGUGAUUUUCUUGGGAUUUCGCUUCCGGAGCAGCCCAGCAAGUACUAUCUCAUAAUUCGCGGGCAGCGCAUUGUUCUCGAGGCGGACUCCUCGAUCCAGACUUUGAUGGAGAAGCUUCAGUCUUACAAAACCCGAGUUGCGCUUUAUUUCGAUGGCUUUCAGUAUCAACUUGGUGACUUUCAGCUUAGAGUGGGAAAAGUUGUUCCUACUCAUUCUGAGAAUUUGAGAGGGAUAGUUAUGGAGGUUGAGUAUCUUCCCAUUUCUUCUAUGGAGAAAGGCAGGCAAGUCAUGGAAGAGUUUGUUGAUAUAUGGCAAGAAGCUCUGUCAAAAAGAUCAUUACCGGGACAUUUUGUGCAUAUAGAACCAACUUUUGCUGAUUAUGGUCUCGCAGACAGCUAUACUUCCCAACAUAGUGCCGUUCAAUAUGCUACGGUUAUGGCUCAACUAAUUGCAACAGUUCAAGCAGUGCAAUCAAUGAGAAAUUAGGAAAGGAUGAUCGAUUUGUACAAUGUAUGUGAUAUGAAUAACCGACUCCUUUCCCUCUUUAGGCUUUAAUUGAUGCAAUCUUGAAACCUACUUGCUUUGGGACUAGGUGUAAAGGUAUGCAAUAGAACAGAAACAAGCAAUUGCUCGAGUA